AGCACAGGACACAGCUGGGUUCUGAAGCUUCUGAGUUCUGUAGCCUCACCUCUGAGAAAACCUCUCUUCCACCAACACCAUGAAGCUGUGCGUGACUGUCCUGUCUCUCCUCAUGCUAGUAGCUGCCUUCUGCUCUCCAGCACUCUCAGCACCAAUGGGCUCAGACCCUCCCACCGCCUGCUGCUUUUCUUACACCGUGAGGAAGCUUCCUCGCAACUUUGUGGUAGAUUACUACGAGACCAGCAGCCUCUGCUCCCAGCCAGCUGUGGUUGCUGCCCCAGGAAGGAUCCCAUGCACCAGAGCUGCCCACAUGGACCAUGGUCAAGCAGAGGAAGAUGCCGACCACAGGCAAGGGAUAAAGCCAGAUGACCUCAAAGGUCUCAUGGGAUUCUCAUCUGUCCGUUCCUUGUUCUACAGAUUCCAGACCAAAAGAGGCAAGCAAGUCUGCGCUGACCCCAGUGAGACCUGGGUCCAGGAGUAUGUUAAUGACCUGGAACUGAACUGAGCUGCUCAGAGACAGGAAGUCUUCAGGGAAGGUCACCUGAGCCUGGAUGCUUCUCCAUGAGAGGCAUCUUCUCCAUACUCAGGACUCCUCUCCACAGUUCCUGUCCCUUCUCUUAAUUUAAUCUUUUUAUGUGCUGUGUUAUUGUAUUAGGUGUUAUUUCCAUUAUUUAUAUUUGUUUAGCCAAAGAAUAAGUGUCCCCUGUGGGGAUGGUCCACAUUCACUGUUUCUCUGCUGCUGCAAAUACAUGGAUAACACCGUUAAUUCCAUGUGUUUUCAUAAUAAAACUUCAAAAUAAAAUGCAGACA